UCAGGCUGCAUGAUCAACUGAUGGACACAGAAGCACACUUGCUUUCUCUUUUACUGCUCUAUGUCCAGUCUUUUCCGGACAAGACAUCGGUAGUUUUGUGGACCUUCUUUGUGUUUUCUUCUCUGAAUCACCUCGAGAUUAAAUAGAGUCUUAACCUUCGUUCCCCUCACCCUCUUGGAUCUUCUGUUUUCUCCUUUUGGGAUUUCUUCUUCUUCUUUCUUUUCUUCUUUUUUCCCCCCCAGCCUGAUUGUCUGCUCUCCUGCGUGCAUAUCAACCCUUCCUUUUCCCCUGCUCUCCUUUUCCUUUUCCUCCCAUCUUCCACCGUUCCCUGUCUCCUUGUGCGUGGGUUUUGGGCUAUGCUCUCCUCACCAACUGUGAUUCUCCAGCCUUAUGGACUCCCUGUCUAUCCACAGACAACCACAUGCUACCCCAGCAUAGUUCAGGGAGGCCCCACCCAGGAGGCUGGCCCCGGCAGUGGCGACCCCACCCUGCCUCAGGUUUACGCCCCUCCUCCCUCCUACCCCCCACCAGGUCAAGGUCCGCCAACAUCUGCAGGCAGACUGCCACCUCUUGAUUUUAGCUCCGUACACGCCGGUUCAGAGUACCCCGAACAUCCACAACUCAGAGUCUAUCAGGGCCCUCAGCUCGACGGGGCGGAGGCUCUGACAUCCAAUAACACGGAGGAUGUUUUGGCCCCUGUGACCUCUGAGCCCCAGCCUCUGAGCGUGUCGGUGUCAUCAGGGGGCGGAGCAGGAAGUGGAAGUGAUGAGGAGGGGUCAGGUAAGGCCCAACCGAAACGCCUCCACGUCUCCAACAUCCCGUUCCGCUUCAGAGACCCGGACCUCCGCCAGAUGUUUGGGCAAUUUGGCAAGAUCCUUGAUGUAGAAAUUAUCUUCAAUGAGAGGGGGUCCAAGGGCUUCGGGUUUGUGACCUUCGAGAGUGCAACUGAGGCUGACCGAGCAAGAGAAAAGCUGAAUGGGACGAUUGUGGAAGGGAGAAAGAUCGAGGUUAAUAAUGCCACUGCAAGGGUAGUUACCAAGAAGCCCCAGACGCCUCUUGUGAACAGUGAAAUUUCAACUUCUGGAUGGAAGAUCAACCCUGUCAUGGGGGCGAUGUACGCACCUGAACUCUAUACAGUUGCCAGUUUCCCGUACCCCGUAGCAACUCCCACCUUGGCCUACCGGGGCUCUGCACUGCGUGGUCGAGGCCGAGCUGUCUACAACACGAUUCGCUCUGCUGCAGCCACGCCUGCUGCUGUGCCCGCCUACCCCGGGGUGGUAUAUCAGGAUGGACUGUAUGGAGCAGAAGUCUAUGGUGGCUAUCCUACAGCUUACAGAGUGGCUCAAUCAGCGUCUGCUGCCACAGCAACCUACAGCGAUGGAUACGGACGGGUUUACGCAACAGCUGCAGAUCCCUAUCACCACUCGGUUGGACCAACAACAACAUAUGGAGUUGGUACAAUGGCCAGUUUGUACAGAGGAGGAUAUAACCGCUUCACCCCGUACUGAACCACCUGGUGGUGGUGUGGGGGGACACAUCUCUCUUGAACUCUGGGGAUUGGCUGAUUGUGGAACGCUGCAGGACAGAUUAUGAGAUCCUUAAACUUUGGAAAUGUGGAAAUGCUUUUACCUCCUGUCUCCAUCACAACCUCUCCUCGAGAGACUAAACAGACUGAAGUUGUAAAUACUGUAGGACUCAUUUACUGCCCAUUCUGCCGAUGAAUACUUAGCACCUGGAAGAGGAUGUUAUGUAAUAUAUAGACAGUUGCUUAACGGAUUAUUGUUUUCUGAAUUUUAAGAGUUCUGAUGUUGGUAGAUGGCUCAUGCUACAGAAGGUGGAAAAUACUGUGAGAAUGACUUUUUGUGAGUAAUAUCUGGGAUUUUUUCAAGUUUCACGGGUCAAACUGUACAAAAAAAGAACAUUUUGUACAAUGAUAAAUUACUUAUUUUUGAUGACAACUAUUUACUAAAUCUCUGUUUGAGUGUGUGUUUGUGUGUGUGUGUGUGUAUGUGUGUGUGUGUGUGAGAACAUGAGUGAGAUCAUGCAUCAACACUGUUCAGUUACCGAGUCGACAGCUGUGACACUGGUAUCAUUAUUACAAACGCAGCACUAAUGUUUGUCUGGAUGUAGUUGGAAUUUCAUUUGUUUUGUUGUUUUUUUUGCCUUUCUAACAAUCUACCUCUCACACAUUUUUAGCUUUUAAUACAGCUGUCAUUAUUAAUCCUGUAUCGCUUCCUGUAUCUGUGACCUAGAGCUUUCUUUUCUCUUCACUUUUCUGUCCAUAAAUCCUAACUUACUAACACGGUUUAGUUUCUGUGGCUCUGUACCUCACCACCUGAUGAGCCCGAUGCCUUAUCGAGUGCUUUCUGUUAUUUCUCCAGGGAAGUUUUAUAUUUUUUUGAGAGAUGCUUUAAACCCAUUCACACAGUGGCAGUAAGAAGCAGUCUUUUGCUGUUGGCUUUACUCACACAAACUGAAGAUUGAAGACCUCAAUCAGUAGAAUGUAAAUGUCUCUAGUAUUCUAUUCUGUUCUAUUCAAACUCUUGUCUUUUGUUGCCUUAUUUCAGUCUUUACUGUCAUCUUUUCCUGUUUUUUCUCUUUCCUUCUUCACUCAGAACUGUUGAAUGACUUCUUGUCUUGUAUUGAUCAUUUCUUCAUGGCCUAGUUUUUUGUUUUUGUCGCACUCUUUUCUGCUGUGUUUGAUGUUUACCUCUAAAUAAAACCGUUUUCUCUCUCUUCUGUCCUUUCUUGAUUAGUAACAUUUUCCAGUCUUUUUUUCCCAUGUCUCAUCAUUCACCGUGUCUUUGGGUUGUUUGUUUUUUUGUUUCUAUGCAGCUCUGUUGCCAAGGAAGCCUCGACUUGAGAUUGUAUCAAUUUAUAUUUUUAUUUUACCUUUAUUUCACCAGGAAUAUUCAGAGAUUCAGAAUCUCUUUUACUUGGCUAAGACAGCAGCAUAAAAAGUUUCACAAAAAAGACAAACAAAACAGUAAAGAGUUACAUAUCAUCGUGUAUAAGAUUCAAUUUAAAUUUAAAUGUAAAAGUAACCUUUCUAGUUGUGACGACAGAAUGAUUCUUCAUCCCAUCCCAUCAUAUGUCUGGAUCAUUCCCUUCAGGCCUUAUACAGAAACUCAAACAGCCUCUUUCCUUCCAUUUUCUUGCUUGCAUCUACCAUUUCCUACUUAUUUUCUCAUUUCAAUGCUUACAGCCUUGUCACCUCACUUCCUUCUUUUUCCCUCUAGUCUAGCUUUUUUUUUUACCCUUCUUGCUUCUGUCCUCCUCUGCACCACUUUAAUAUUUAGCCUCAGUCUGUCUUCUAUUCUGUUUUCUGCACUGGUUUCAUUCUUGUCUUUAGUAGUAGUAGGUGUAGUUGUACCAGUAAAAGACUUGCCAUAGAUUUGAAUCUUCUUUCUGCUUUUGAACUUUAAUAUUUUCUCUCUGAUUGACUGUAACCCUUGCUUAUGACUUUCUCUUGUAUAAUUCUUCUCUUCUGCUCCUGUAUACAAUGUUAGGUCUAGCUUUAUUAUCUUGUCAUUAAAUUAGCUUUGCCUUUUAGUGUUUAGUUCUCUCUCUAUCUCCUGAGUUUAUUUAUAUAUUUCUGAGCUCUACUUUUGCUCAUUUUCCUUUCAUCACUAAUUGUUGCUCUUUAUAGUUUUUUUCUCUUGUUUUGAAACUAUUUCUCUAACUGGAAAGCCUGGCUGUUUCAUGCAAAAGCCUAUUUUAACAAAUUCAACUCAAACUGUGCAUUUGAGAUGAAUCAUACAGCUGUAGACUUCAGAUUUAUGUAAUUUUUAUUCGCCUUUAAUGACAAACACAGAACUAUUUAUCCUGCUGUUCUUAUUUCCUUUACUUGGCUAUAUGCUUAAUUUUUCCCUUUUAAACUUAACUGCAUGAGCUCAAUCCUUUGCUUUUCUUUCCUUCUUUUUAACUAAGAUGCAUGUAGUCUCACAUAUUCAUUUCUUUUACAUCAAUCUUUGAUUACAGUUGUAUUUUCUAUCAUUUACCCUGUAAUUUCAACUUUUUCCAUCUAUAAUGAAACUCCAACUCUUUCUUUUCCAACCAGUCUAUUCAAUUCACUUAGACGUACAUCUUACACCUCAAAUCAUUUGGCCGAAAUAAAAAUGUCAAACGUAGCUGUAUAAAGGAAAAGCCUUUAUUGUAGCCAAGCAUCUCUUAUUUCUAUUCUUACAGUGUCACAUGUGCCUCUCACUCUAUGACAUUUCAAAAUAAACUGUUUAUGCAAAACUUGACUCUACAGUUCUGUGCCCAAUUUUUUUUUUUACUGCUCAAAUUCUUGUGCUUUUGUUUUAUCCAUUUCUCUCUAAAAUCUAUGAGUUAAUUCUGCUAGUAUGCACUCCAUGAUUUAAAAACAACAAUAGAUGCCCUUUAUACUUCAAUUUUAUUAGAUUUUUUUCAAAAUAUGUACACAAUAUUUACAAAAUGGCAGUUUAUCAUGUCCGAUCUGUAGAGGCAUGGGAAUAGGGAGGAGGCAGAUAAACCUUCAGCUGUUAGUGAGCUGCAACAUAAACUAUUAAAGCACUGCAGAAGCAAUACAAUACUUACUAGUGAGAGUGACUAGUUGCACACGGCAAAAGGUCACAAACAUACUCAACAUAAAUGAAAAAGAUAAGAAUGAGAAGAGAACAAAUACUGGUUAGAGAUUUGUAGGUGAGAGCAGGAGAGGGGAGAGGACAGCAUGCAGGGAGAGGAAGUAAGAGAAAGUGAGAACAAACGAAUUCAAAUGAAGACGAGUUAAAAAGGAAACGGCAGGAAAUGAACACAGCUGAAGUGAGGGACAUGGGAGUUGUUCCAGUGUCAAAUAUCAAGGAAGGAGUUACAAGGACUGAUGGAGGUAUACAGUAACAUGGGAGCAAAAAAUACUGAAAACAUGACUCAGGCAUCGGAGAAGAAAAACAAAAAAGCAUCCAAAAAUUAAAAUGUGUAUUGUUAGUUGUCUGGGGUGAAAUUUCUACUAAAAAACAAAGUGAAUGUUCUGCGCUGUUUCGAUGCUGAAAACCUGUGACAUCAGAUGUACACACUUUAACUAAGUGUAAAAAAAAAAUAAUCUUACAUUUACACAAACCAAAGGCAAACAACCAUCAGUAAAGCUCAUCACAUGUGAAGAAACCAAAAGGUAAUUUCUAAGCAUGGAAGCAAGUACCAGAAAUUGUCAAAGAAGAAACUUUGCUUAUAGAAGACUGCAUACUUAGAAAAAUAAAAGAAAGAUGUUACUAAAUGUAGGUGAAUUUUGAGGAUAACAGCAUGUUCUGUAUGUCCAGACACAUUUUUAGAUGAGGGAUUAAACUCUCAAAACUAGACUCUACUGCAACUCUGACUCAAGCAGGUCUGUCAAACUAACAAACACAAGCAAAUGGUUCCUUACUAUAAAUAAAUAGAGUGAAAGAAAAAAAAUACCCUGAAUAAUGACAAAGUUUAACAGCAAACUGUAGGCGUAUUAUUAAAAAAAAAUGUAAAUGCUUCUGGACAAACAGAAAACAACAGUACAUGGUGACUAUCAAUCAUUGUUUUAAAAACUAAACAGGUAUGUUGCACAGAAAGACAUUUCAAAUAUUUGGGUUAGCAGCAAAUCAUGUUAGCAGCAUAUUGACAUGUUUCACAUUUCAUUAUGUGAGGCUCCCAUGUAUUUUAUCAGCUGUAUGGCUUCAACUUCAGUGGGUCAAACCAAGACUUGGAUUGCUCACAAUUCACUCUCUCCGGCUGGCGUCUGGAGGUGGUUCGCCCACUUAUCACUCCCCUGUGCUCCUGCAAUGCAGCAGUACUACGAGCUGAAGAAUGAAAAGUCUGGUGGUGUGUGAGAGAAAGGUUUAGGGAGCGAGGGGAGGGAAUAGCAAAGAGGACAGGGGGAUCAGGUAAAUGAAGGGGGAAGAAAGAAAACAUGUUGAGUUCAUUGUCAUUACAAAAAUGUUUGCUGAAAUAAUGGUCAACAAUGAACAGUUUGGAGAAACAAAGUGACGAUCCAGGUUUACAAGAGCGUUUUGUCAACCUGAUGCAAAUUUGCCCUUUUGUGCAAGACGUUAACAUUACGUGUGUUUGGCAAAGGUGGUCCCAUUCAUCAUUGAGUGUAUUCCAGCUUUGCAUGGAACUAUCUGCCAACACAAAAUUGCCACAAAACAGGCAAGUAACACAAAUGUGACAAUGUGUUUUUUGACUGAAGAAGGGACAACUUUCACAACCAAAUUUGUCAUUACUGGAAAUUGAGCACAACAUCUCGCCAAAAUUUGGUUCAAGAGCCUGUGCUAAUGUUUUCAGGCUGUACUGUGAGAAACUAGUACUGGAAACUGGCAAUUAUCAACUCCACCACUACAUCCACUGUGAUGAAGACAUAGCACACAACCCAAUCCAGACCUUUCUGCAUUUAAGUUUACAUAUUCACAUAAAUGGUCUAAGAAAGUUUUGCAAAACCCAGGAAAGGAAAAAUAAAAAUCACACUUACCCGUGUGUGAACAAAAAACCUACACUACGCACUAACUGAAAAGAAAUCACCACAAUAUCAUACAAUAUUUACAAAUAUAUAUUCUGUAGAGUAAAUAUGUAAUUGUACAGCAAGCCCGCAUCCACCCAUGUUCUGGUCAGUUACACCAGUCUUAACCUCAGGCAAAUAUUUCUACAGUGGAAAUUAAUACUGUUCAAAUAAAAAAUAAAAAAAUCUAAUGAACAAUUUCGACCUGUUUUCAAUUUAAGCACAAUCACACUAAAUGAAAAGGUGGAACGUCAGUUUUGUCAGUUAGGGGUACAAUUCUGAGCUGUCUAAUCAAUACAAUUUUAAGUAUCGCAAUAGUUAUUUUUCCCAAUUAUUCCUGAAAAGCACAAACCUCCUGAAGAUAAAUAGACAAAAAUCACAUCAGGGAGAACUAGCUCCACUAGAACUCCUCUGCCAGAGAAACUGUUCUGUUUUUUAUUUAGGGAGAAUAGAAUGAGGUUACAAUUGCAGCUUUUUAGAAACUUAUAUCAUAACUACUGGAAAAUGGACAUAAAGCACUACUCUUCACUCUACUUGCAUCUCCCUCUAUUAAUUUACUGUCUACAUCAGUUUAAAACUCAUGUUUUGAUUUAAAUACUUCACCAUAAGACAUUUAGACAGCAGUGUGCAUCUGUGCAGUAAAAUUUCUGGGACCUUACUGACUCCAUUUUUGGUAUUUUAGGAUAUUGUCAAAUUUGAUUUGAUACUUAAUUCAUGUGUCCAAUAUAAACCGGUAAAUUUUCAUUAAAAUCUGCUUUGCAGCUCCAUAAUUCUUUUUCCUUUUGUCAAGAGACAGGCCAAUACUGCUGUCCACAAAACACAAGACAUAAAACAUUUAACGCAGCAGAAAUGUGACGCAACAUCUCUGUUGUGCCGUUAUCCAUCUCCUUCCAGAGAAGUCCCUUUCGCUUACCAGCCUUGCAAACACCAGAGCCAGACGUAGCAUACAAACCACUUGUUGUUAUCCCUUCUUGAAGAAGCAGCAGAUUUCCCACUGAUGCUUCACCAUGCAGCAUUCACCUUCAGCUGUAUUUGAAUGGCAGCUUGGCUGCCCCUGUUUUUUUUUUUUUUUUUUUUUUUUUUUUUUU